UGCGGUGGGGGUUAGUGAGGAAAAAGAGUCUGAGAGUAGCUGUCAAUUUUGACUUGCUCGUUUCUGUCUAGGGAUCCAGAGGUCUGUUCUCGUUUCUGUGAGGAUUCAGUCAGAGAUUCCACUCAGUGUAAACAUAGCAGCAGUUGUGACUUCAGUGCCUUACGUUAACAUCUCUUCAUCUUACAAGAUCUCAUUAAAUGCAGACUGCAGACAUGCCUUCAGAAAUCAAGAAAUCGUCUGGGAUGGCGUUUGAAUUGGUCUUCAAAGAGCCGUCCAAGGAUGCGAUCAGGAGUCCGAUCCAGUCGCCUCCAAAACAGAUCUCCUUGGAGGAGCUCAAGCUGAAACAGGAGAAGGCGGAGGAGAGGAGAAAGCAAACGGAGAAAGAGCUGAAAGAGAACCUCGCCAAGCAACACAGUCUCAUCCAGGCCGCCAAGGCUAAGCAGGAGGAGUAUAACAACACCUUCAAGCAGUCGACGUCGGAGAAGAUAAGAGAGAAAGAGCAGAAGCUUAAAGAACAGAGAGAGGCCCAGCAAAAGUUGAGGGAGCAGAAGAAGAUCGAGUUGGAAGAACAACUGUCGAAGGUCCGCGCAAAUGCAGCAAAAAUAAAAGAGAGUGGUGAAGCAGACACCAUGUGUACAGCCGACCCUACCAGAGCACAGUAGUUCUAUCUAGCCAGCACUUCACAUUAAACCUGCCUUUCAUGCCCUCUCCCUCCAGAUAUUCUAUUAUCACCUGCGCGAGGAAAACAAAAAUUAAAACACACAAAAAAA